UAUGAAUGUUCAUACUCGCAGUGAAUCAUCAUAUAUUAUUGUAUAUACCAAACCAGAAGGCUAAAGCUCACUCUCACAAAAUACCAGCCGAGCCACGCGUUUUACAACAUGUACGGAACCGAAUUCUUUCAGCUGCUCCUGAGCACCACCUCAAAUCCGCACACGCGCGCUCUCUUUCUCUCUCACUCACUCUCUCUCAUAUAGAACAGAGACACGCAAUAAAAAGGUGUAGAGCAUCUCUACCAAACUUCAUUCUCUCUCAAAUCUUCUGUCUCUUUCUUUUUCUUUCUUUCACUCCCCUGAAAACAAACACAGCAGAGAGAAGCAAAAGCAUAUCGACCAUAUCAUUGAAAACAGAACCCAAAAAAAAAAAAAAAAUGCCAUCGGACUCGGGGGAUAAUAGGCGAUCGGUGAAAGCACAAGCGCAAAGCAUGGAGCACCCACCACCCCAAAGCGAUCCACUGCCUUGCCCACGCUGCGAUUCUAACAACACCAAGUUUUGUUACUACAACAACUACAAUCUCUCUCAGCCUCGCCACUUCUGCAAGUCCUGCCGCCGGUACUGGACUCAGGGAGGUACCCUCCGAGAUAUCCCCGUCGGAGGUGGUUCUCGCAAGAACUCCAAGCGUUCUCGCUCUUCUUCUUCGUCUUCAUCCUCUUCCUCUUCUUCUCUCACCAACACCCAGGACCACCUUGUUCCUCCUAUCCCUUGCAAAUCCGUUCCAGUUUUGCCCUGUGCCAAGCCUGAAAUGAGUUCCUGCGAUGAUUUGAAUCUGAAUGAGAACGUGAACGGCGGGGCUGGGUUUACCUCGUUGCUGGGAUGUUCUUCACAACCAUCGGGGUUGUUGGCGCUGGGUGGGUAUGGGCUUGGACUCGGACAGGGCAUGGAUGAGAUGGGCUUUGGGUAUGGCAGAGGGGGAGUUUGGCCGUUUCUCGAAGUUGGUGAGUUCGGAAAUGGUAGUGAUGGUUCGGGAGGUUCAUCGGGAUGCAACACCACAUGGCAGAUGAACGGUGCCGAUGGUGGAUUGGUGGAAGGUGAUUGCUUUGCAUGGCCUGACCUUGCUAUUUCCAUGCCAGGGAAGGGUAUGAAGUAAUUCACACUCCAAUUUCAUCCAGAAAAAUCUUUUUUUUUUUUUUGUUUUUGUGGGUUCUGGUUUUGAGUAGUGUUCUUGUCGGUUCGUAUAUUGGUGGGUUUUUCAACUUUUUUUUUUUUGGCCCCUUUUAGGGUCAGUUUUAUGGUAGGUACAGACAAUGGGUGAGAUAGGUAUUUGCUUAUGAAUCUUAGUUUUUUUUUUUUUUUUUUUUUUUUUUUUUUUUUUUUGGGUUCUUUUCUUGGCUUUCUGUAAAUCUUUGUCCAUCUUGGACACAAAUGGUGCAAGAGAAUGGACAAAAAGGACUGCUUUUGGGUUCUCUUAUUAUAAAAAAUAAAAAAAAGGCAUAUUUUCAUUCCAA